AUGCCAACUGAAAGCGACGACCAAGGCGAGUCGCCUCCAGACCCUGCCCACAGCGGGUCCGACCAAAUCCGACCAAGGAGCAGGAAUCGGCGAGGCAAGCAAAAGAACAACACCAACUUUGGAGCUGCAUCCAAGCCCCCUUCAACUGUGGAACCAGAGCUCAAGGGAUAUUACUAUGAGCUCCCAAACGUGGAUCCAACAGUGCCCCCAUUCCUCCAAGUCGUGAAGGCCCACAUUGCUUACUUUGUGUCAAACCAAAAGGAUGCUUCCGAUUGCCUGAUGGUAGGAGAAUCAACUUCAAUCGCCAAAGACCCAUUCUCUCUGCCUCCUUUGGUUGCACCAAACCUUCCGGAUUGGGACAACAGACAGGAAGAACAUGAUUACUUAAAGAAGGACAAAAAGUAUGAGGCUGAGAAGUCUGUGCGCAAGGCAAAUGAAGCAGCUCUUUGCGCAAUGUUGAAACGCCACUGCUCCGCAGCAUUCCUGAGCGCUGCUGAGAGCCAUCCAAAGUGGAGCACGGUCAUCGCGAACAACAGCUCAAUGGACAUGCUCAAGGUCUUCCAGAUCGUGGCGGCCACGGGCGGAUCCACCAACGUUGAUCCAACCAUGAUGGGUGUCGAAGCUCAAAGGAAGGCUUACACCUGCAAGCAGAAGGAAAACCAGACCAAUGCAGAAUACCUCCAAGUCUUCAUGCAGCUUUCCAAUACGGCCAGAUUCUGCGACUGCCCCAUGGGAGCCUCCCUAUCCAGGCUCAUCCAAGAGACCGGCAAGUCAGACCCAACACUGGCUGAACUGAGAGCGGUAGAAGAGAAGAUUGUGGAGAAGGAGAUGGCAAUGGCUUUUCUCCUCGGAGCCGACAGAAAGCGGUAUGGGAGCCUUAUUGCCCAGGCCAACAAUGCAAGACUGUUCAGCGGAAGCGACACGUUUCCCACCACCAUGUCAGGAGCUAUCGAAUUGCUCAACAACAGCAGGCCACUUGUUACCUCGUAUCAUUCAAGCAUCCGCAGCUCGGAAAUCGGUGCGUCAUUCCUUGCCGACGGCCAACCAUCCACUGAGAGCGGGUCGGGCGGUCGCGGCGGCGGUUCCAACGGAAGAAGCGGCGGCGGUCGGAACGGCGGACGCGGAAGCAGCGGGCGCGGUAGUCGCGGGCAAGAUUUUGAGCGACGUCCGAAUAGAAACCACGAACAACACAAAACUCACAUCACUGACACAUCCAACAAUAACAAUAACGAUGAAGUUGAUGAGUAUUCGGCCACUGAGGAACCUAGCGAUUCAAUCAACCCAGUCAAUACUGACUCCAUGGCAGUUGAUGAAGACGUUUCCACCACUGAGCACCUCUUCCUCCAUUCCAACAACAAGUCGAGUAGUACAAUUAACAUGAAGGGAUAUUUUGGGGAUUAUCCGGAUCCGGUAUGGUUCAACCCCGAUGGGAUUGCCAACAUCCUAUCAUUCCAUGAUGUCAACAAGCACUACCAUGUUGUGUAUGACAACAGGGGAGCAGACCAAUUUGUGGUGGACUUUGGCGGCACCAAGAAAGUCGAAUUCCUCCCAACCGACAAGGGAUUGUAUCACAUUAACCUCAAUGACUACUGCAAGACUUCAUGGACGUUCCUGGAAACCGUGAAAGGGCAAAAAUGA